UGUAUUCUUGAACAUAACCUGGUGGACCAGUCGACCAGCUGAACGCUGACCAAAACAAGUCAGACAGAGGAAAAUAUUUCGGCUGCGUUUGUUAUUCAGACAGCUAUUUUCCAAAUGCCCAGGCGAUUCAACAAGAGUAUGGGGAUGUGCUUGCCGUGCCUUGGUGGAGCAGCGGACGACGUUGUUGUAACUCCAGAUCCUGACACAAGAAGACGGCAAUUAGCAGAAGCCGCUGAAAAGAGACAAAAAGAGACAGCAUACAGGGGUGUUAAAAACCCAGAAGCAGUUGAGAGGAAAAGGAAAAAACAGGAGGAGAUUGAAAAACAGGCGAUGACCACUUCUGUCUCUGGUGGUGGUGGCGGUGGUCUGAAGUGGCAGGUGGGCUGAGUCCAACUGGGAAAGCCUGAAGUCUUUUUUUUUUCUUAUGUCCAAAUCAACAUGAAGUAUUGCUGCAACACGAUUUGAAAGAUGAAGAUUUGAACUGCUGUCCAUUUUUUAUGAUGAUUUAGCUUUUUUAUGAUGUUUUGAAAAGAGGCCUACAGUUGUCAUGCAUCAAGCAGAACAUUGAGAAGUUAUCACACACAGGAGAGCAGAACUAGCUCACCUGUUGCCAAGUUAUGCAAAGCCAGUUUGGACGUUUGGACAAGUCAGGGAUGUCACAAACAAACACAUGUCCUAUUGUAUUAGUUUUGUUUGACUAAGGGUUAGACGUUCAGGGCCUAACAUUAAAUAACACAAAUAUGACUUUUUGAAGUGUGUUGUCACAGUAAGACAAACUUUCUGUCCACACUGAAACAUUUCCCAUACACUAUACUUGAUGGUUUUCAAAGCUGAGAAUCAGUAUUCACAGCUCAUCUGUUAAUGGCCACAUUACUGUUGGAUUUAUUUCUCCAUAAACCCAGUAACAUUUCUGCAAGAGAAACUCAGUUCAUGUUUACAAAGACAGUGUGCUUAUAGUCAGAAUGGAAAGCACCAAUUUAACACUAAUCUCACAUUUCAUAAAGCUCUGUUUUUCCAGCUACACAAAGACCAGUGCUCUAAACUAUUGGAAUUGACUCAGCCCAUGUGAUUUCACUAGGAAGCACAGACUACAUGGGACAGAAUAUGAAUACUGUUGAAAACAACACUAAAUAUUGUCCAACCAAUACAACUAGGAUAAUGAACUAGGAUAUGCCCUGCAGCACUUUUCACUGGUCUUUGGUAUUUUAAUAGAGCCGUUUUUCUUUUUCCCACUGCACAGUUUGACUUUGUUGCUGUUGUAAAUGUAUUCAAAACACUGAUGUGAUGCCUGCUUAAUUUAUAUGAUAUGAAAUGUGUUUGUGAGUUGCCAUAUGACAGACGAAAGCUACUGUUUGAGACACAUGAAUUGCACACAGUUUGUCAUUAUUAGAAGUUAUACUUGCUUAGACUUUUUGUUGGGAGAGAUUUGUGUCACUUGCAACUGAAAUAGGAAGAAAAAAAUGAAGGAAAUUAAUAAGUGUGUACAUAGUGAAGAAUUUACCUGCUCAACUGAGUGCAUUUCUUACCACUGUCUUAAAUGCUUCCGGUGCUCUCGCCAUUUUGUAGUACAGGAAAUCUAGCCAAUGGUAUUUGCUACAAUAAAUCACAUUUCUGCUAC